UUAUUUUUUUACUUUCAGGCCAAUCAUGUAUUUUGUUGUGGAGUUCCUUGACAACUCUGUUGGGAUUGUAAGCAACAGCUGGACUAAUGGUGACAAUUCGAUGACCUUCUGGCCACCUUAUGCAGAUCCAAAUAAAUUUAAAAUGGCUCUAUUAACACAUGCAGUCCCUGGACCAGCGUGGACCACCCACACCAUCACAGUUUUGGGCACUGCAGAUGACUAUGAAAAGGCGAGAAAAAAGGCCAAAAUGGCAGAAACACAUUUAGCUGUCGCCAGUGAGCCUGAGGAGUUGGAGAGAUGCCAGCGUUCAAGACAACCAACGAAACGUUACAUCACCCUGCCUGAGCCUGGACCAAGUAGACCAUUGCCACCAGUUCCACCAGCAGCGAUGAACCUGACUCUUAUGAGCCCACCCCCACCACCUUCACCAGUGAGGCAGCCAUCAUUGUCCUCAUCAAGUUCACACUCAGGCCAAGCCCAUCACAUGGACACCCAGCUGUUGAGCCCACCUCAACCCCUCCCAAUUCACCCCCCUUUGAGGCAGCCAUCAUCAUCCUCAAGAAAUCCAUCUGAACAAGUGGACGACCAACUUAGUCCACCCCUCCCUAUUUACCCACCUGCAAGGCAGCCAUCAUUAUCCUCAGGCCUUGAGAGAUAUUUGGUCUCUACGCUGGAGGAGAUUAAGGAUAGGCUGUCUGCAUUGGAGCGGACGGUGACAAUGUUGGCCAGAUCAGGCAGCAACAAACACGCAAAGCUGCCAGACAACUUGGAGCUACCUCUCCAGAACUUCCAGGACCUCAAUGGACUGGAGGAAAAACUGGAGGACAGCCCCUACCAAAAAAGAAUUGGUAUGUAUAUUGGUUUCUAA